AUGGCAGUUAUGACAGAGAUAGCUCGUCCCCCUCCACCCUGCCGGAGUGCCCGGGUCGUAACUCUCCCAGUAGCUUCGAGAGGGGGACACGAGAAGGAGGGAGAUGGAGAUUUGAUUUCAUCAAGUAAGAACAAUGGGGACACCCAUAACCGUCGUUCUCUCAGUGGGGGGGACUUAUCAUCUGGGGAGCCUCAACAACAUCAUGAUGCUGACGAGACAGAGAAUAAUCUCUCCCGAUCAGAACAUCUCAAGAAACCCCAGCAGAGACGUACAGGCAAUAAACCUCACUACUACUGCUCUGACUUUGGGAAGAGGUUCACUACACAAAUCUCCUUAAUUCACCAGCGGAGUCACACCGGAGGGAAACCAUACCGCUGCCCUCAAUGUGGGAACUCUUUUGCUGCAUCUAACACCUUAAAAUAUCAUCUAAGAAUCCAUACAGGAGAGAAACUGUACUACUGCUCUCAGUGUGGAAAGACUUUUGCUGCAUUUAACACUUUAAAAUCUCAUCUGAGAAUCCAUACAGGAGAGAAACCGUAUAGCUGCUCUCCGUGUGGGAAGAGUUUCACUUGUCCAGGGGGUCUUAAAGUACACAGAAUAAGCCAUACAGGAGAGAAACCUUACAGAUGCUCACAGUGUGGGAAGAGUUUCACUGCUUCUCACAACUUAAAAUUUCAUCUGAGAAUUCAUACAGGGGAGAAGCCUUACCCCUGCCUUGAUUGUGGGAAAGGUUUUGUUAGUGCAGGAGCCCUAACCAUACACCAGCGUGUACACACUGGAGAGAAGCCUUAUAGCUGUCAUCAGUGUGGAAAGAGCUUUUCUGUUUCAGAAAAACUAACUAUACACCAGCGUAUACACAGUGGAGAGAAACCUUAUAACUGUGAUCAGUGUGAGAAAUGCUUUGCUCGGUCAGGAGAGCUGACUACACACCAGAUAACACACACUGGAGGGAAGCCUUAUAGCUGUGAUCAGUGUGGGAAGAACUUUGCUCUAGCUUCCACCCUGACUACACACCAGCGAACACACACAGGAGAAAAGCCUUACAGCUGUUAUCAUUGUGGGAAGAGCUGUGCUCGAGCUUCCUCCCUGACUAGACACCAUCGAACACACACUGGAGAGAGAACUUAUGUUUGUGUAUGUGGUAAGAGCUUUGCUCUAGCUUCCACCCUGAAUAGACACCAGCGAACACACACUGGAGAGAAGCCUUACAGCUGUGAUCAGUGUGGGAAGAGCUUUGCUCGAGCUUCCUCCCUGAAUAGACACCAGCGAACACACACUGGAGAGAAGCCUUACAGCUGUGAUCAGUGUGGGAAGAGCUUUGCUCGAGCUUCCUCCCUGAAUAGACACCAGCGAACACACACUGGAGAGAAGCCUUACACCUGUGAUCAGUGUGGGAAGAGCUUUGCUCUAUCAGAACACCUGAAUAGACACCUGCGAACACACACAGGAGAGAAACCUUAUAGCUGUGAUCAGUGUGGGAAGAGCUUUGCUCUAACUGACAGCCUGACUAUACACCAGUGAACACACACUGGAGAGAAGCCUUAUAGCUGUGAUCAGUGUGGGAAGAGAUUCAGUCAAUCAGGGACACAAUUCACACCAGCGAACACACACUGGAGAGAAACCUUAUGUCUGUCUAUGUGGAAAGAGCUUUUCUCAUUUAGGGCCAAUGAAAAAACACCAGAAAGCAACAAUGUGCCAUAUUUCAUCUCCCUCCUAUCCAGUUCCAGAUCCCUAAAUACAUGUGAAAUAGAAAACAUCUAGUCAACAGUCAUAUCCAUCUACCAUUCUUAAACAGUUGACUUAGUGUUACGAGAAUUUUGUUCUCAAUGUUCUUAAACUGAACUUCCAUUAAACUACUCAGUCUGCAACCCAGA